AUGGCACAGCGACUUCUCCCAAGGAGGUUCCUGGCCUCCGUCAUCCCCAGGAAAGCCCCUCAGUGUCGGUGGGCACCCCUCACCUCCGGGGUCCCCCAGAUCCCACAGGGCCCUUCUGGUGGCCUGGCAGCAGCAGCAUGCAGCCCAGCCCGGACGAUCCUUGCCUCCAGAGCCUGUGCCACCUCCUUGAAUGUCCAAGAUGGACCUGAUUUCCAAAACCGAGUUGUCAACAGUGAAACCCCGGUGGUGGCGCAUUUCCACACACAGUGGUGCGGCCCCUGCGAGAUCCUGGGCCUGAGGCUGGAGAAAGCGGUGGCCAAGCAGCACAGGAAGGUCCUGAUGGCCAAGGUGGACAUCGAUGGCCACUCAGACCUCGCCACUGAAUAUGAGGUGUCUGCUGUGCCCAUCGUACUGGACAUCAAGAACGGUGACGUGGUGGACAAGUUCAUGGGCAUCAAGGACCAGGACCAGCUGGGGGCCUUCCUGAAGAAACUGAUUGGCUGA